AUGCGAGAUCUGGCGCAUGAUUUGGAGGUCCUCUAUAAGAAACUGACUCAAGCUAGAGUGUUUGAGCUGUACGGAGGCUCAACGGAAGUUCUCUCUGUACCGCGCGGUCCAAAACACCCAAAAACACACCCUGAAAUCACGGUUACAGCACCACCACCUUCAACUUUGGGUAAAGCUCUGAGCCAGGAACUCCAGGUUGUGGAUUCUUCAACGACGACCACAGCUGUAAUUUCAAAUACCAGAAAACCGCAUAAAUAUGAACAGCACUGGACAGGAAGCGGGAUCGUGGGCAGUCUUAUGUCCAAAAAGCGGAAUCACAAUGGGUCUAUCAAGAUGACUGAAGCCAACAAUGCAGAUAUUCGAUUGCCCGAUGUCCUUCCUUGCACAAUCAAUCACUUGAGCUCAGUCCCAAUGAUUGAUAGGAUUUGGUGGAUUUUUUCAAUGAAGUUCAAGGCUUACUUGAUGAAGAACCCAAGCAAACUGCCACACUUCAAGUUGAAAAUGUUGCAAGCCUGGUUUCUGCUACAUGAUUAUACUAUCAAGUAUAGGUUGAUGCCAUCGGAAUUGCUAGAGAAAAUCCGCUCUUUGAACGUUCACCACGUUUCCAAAUCGGUCCAGUGCUAUAUUGCAUGGAAAGUGUUUGAUACACACCAUCUGUUUGGUUUUAGCUUUGGAAAUUGCUUGAUACCUACACUAGAGUUUUUAACUACCAAUGAGUCGGUGGAACACUUCCACAGAGCUAUCCAAGGAAUGCCACAUGAAGAUCAAAGGCUGGUCGUCUAUAAUUCCCUUGAGGCAAUCAAGAAACUGGCGAUAAAGAGGUUUCCAGUUAUACCAGUGCAUAUUUCUCAAUUUCUAUUACAAGCCAAUGGUAGUUGGAUUCAAACCCAAACAAAUUACUGA